AUGUCUGAAACUGUAGAGGCCCUUGCACCCAGAGAAGAAGAGCAUGACCCCCAGUUUGAGCCGGUAAUCAAGCUCACUGAGCAGGUCGAGACGAAGACUCACGAAGAAGACGAGGAGGUUCUCUUCAAAAUGCGCGCCAAGCUCUUCAGAUUCGCAACUGAGAGCUCAGAGUGGAAGGAGCGCGGUACAGGUGAUGUCCGCCUGCUUUCGCACAGGGAGACGAAGAAGGUCCGGCUCGUGAUGAGACGUGAUAAGACAUUGAAGGUCUGCGCUAACCACGCCAUCAGCUAUGAUAUGCGGCUGCAGCCGAACAUUGGCUCGGACAGAAGCUGGGUCUGGAAGGUUGCUGCUGACUACUCGGAGAGCCCUCCAACGUCGGAAACUCUCGCCAUCCGAUUUGCCAACGCCGAUAAUGCAAGUCAGUUCAAGGAGCAGUUUGAGAAGGCUCAACGGACAAACGCGGGUCUAACUUCUGCUGAGGCUCCUGCUGCUCCUGUCCCUGAGACUCCUGUCGCCCCUUCCGAAGAGAAGCCUGCUGAGGCACCCACCGAGAAGAAGGCAGAGGAAACCAAGGAGGAGACUCCGGCUGCGGUAACGGAGAAGGUCGCCCCCGCUGAAAGCAAGGAAGAAGCAAAGGAGGAGUAA